CACAUGGAGCAAAAGCGAGACAAGAUGGCGGGUUUUACGAAAAUUGUACAUUAAGAUUUCUCGUUUCUGUGGAUAUUUUUCAUCAACCAAAGUUAGUUUCAAGAGAAAGCAGCAUAGUUUAGUGAUUCCUUCCUUCGAAAUGUCGUCGAGUUUUGGAGACCUGCUCCAGCAGGCCGAACAGUUGACAGCGGACAUGGACAGUGGCUGGGAACUUCCGCGAGUGGAAAGGAAUCUUCACCAACUCGCCGAGGCGGGCCAGAGAUUGUGGACGCAAACUACGGGUGCUGCUGGAGAUAACGCUGAAGUCAAAGCGUAAGUAGUGUCGGUUACAGUAAGAUCUAAAGAAAUCAUCAAUACGAUGCACAAACGUGGCAAGUGUGUUAGUGGGAGCUACUUGUCGUAUUUACUCGAAUAAGCGCCACUUUAUCAGGCUUAUUUGGUAACAGAACAGGAACGUCAUUUGAAGACGGAAAAGCGCGCGGAAAGGACUAAAUUCGACUUCCAGUGCCCAAUUUGCCGCUUCGCCAUUGGUCAAGCCAGUUGUUUGAUUUGUGCACGCAGUUGUCAACUUACGUUCCGAUUCUGUUGUUAAAGCAGCUUGGUUUUACUCCUUGACUGUGACACUUAUUCGAGGGCAGCAUUUAUUUAAAAGUUGGACACAAUAAAUAAUUGUAUCAACUACAAUAUUAAUAUUUUUUGUAUUAAACUAACAGAAUUAGCGCCUUUUGAGUUUGAUAAUAUCAAGGCCACGGCACUUAUCCUCGAAUGGCAGUUAAUAACUUCUUUCUCCCAAGUGCCAUGCUUAUUCAAGGGUAUCACUUAAUCGCGGGUGGCGCCUAAUCAAGUAAAUACAGUACAUGUAUAAUAACAGCGCUUUUGCAACUCCCAGUCACACGACCUACAUAAUUCCAAAAUUGUGGGAUACAACUUAAACUACACUGGAGAUGGAACAAAUUUAUGGCAGUAUGAGACUUCAGGUGAAGGUUAAUUUAACAGUAUGAGCAAAACACAUACAUACAUUUACACUAAAUUAAUUUUCAUAUUUUACAAUUGACUGUAAAUGUCAUUGCAGAUCAAUUUUACUGGGCACCAAAGGCUUUGAUGUCCCGCGACUUUCAGAGAAACUUGAUCGUCUGGACACAGCUAAGACAUUCGAGCCUCUUGAGCCUGUUAGAGAGACUGAUAUUCAGGUAAACAAGUCAGCAGCAAGGCUGUGCUCUAAGGAAAAUUGAAGGGAGCCCAGUGCUCUGAAACUGUAAAAUCUAGGGUGCCCAGCAUAUGAUUUGUAUGAAAAAUCUGAGAUUUUCUAGUCGCCCGAGGAUACAAGUUAGGCGCCAUGGGCCACCGGGCUCUGCUAGAGCACAGCCCUGAGCAGUUUAGGUCUUUGAAUUGUUUUACUGUCAAAAUGUGUGAGUGAGUUUUAUGUCAUAAGAAAAAAAUAAAUCACGCCUUGACCUAUGUACCGUACAUGACUGUAUACCUUCAAAAAUAUACUCUGCACCUCACAAAAGCUAACAAGUUCAGACUUGUUGACCUUGACAUCCAUUUACGUGUGUACUAGUCAGUGUUAAUGUCUCUGUGACUCGAUUUUCUUACAGGGUUUUCUUCGAAAUGAGAGAGAAAAUGCCAUCUUAGCUGCUAUAGAGGAAGCCAGAAAAAAUGUAAGUUGAAAUUUUUCAUUCACCACUAGAGGUAGGCAAGCUAUUUAAGUUGCACGAGAAUGGCAAUUCAUCAGAAUAACACGAGCCCAUGGUAUGGGGACCUACGCAACCACCUUCCCACGUUUCCGGCCUAAAAUAAGGUUACUAACAUAAGGCACUGAGUAAUGCUAUGAAUUAUUCAUUAUAUUGUGCAUUAAUUUUAUGUUUGUGAUGUUCUACGUUAGUAUGUUGUAUAUAUUAAGUUUGCAUAUUGUGUCAAUUGAGUUUUUCAACUUCAACUGUAUGUACCCAGCAAAAACUACAGUUUAACAUAAUUUUCAGGGCACUAUGACAAGAAUUAAAGUUCAUAAUAUUAUGCAUAUGAGUUAUUGAAACAUGAUUCAAAGUCUUGACUUUCAGUUUGGUCACUUUCUUCAUACAGUCAUCUUUAUAUGACUUUUAGUUUUAACACCAGAAAAAUGUGCUUCAUGUAAUACAUAAAGCAUGAGAUGCAGUGUUUCAUCUGGUCAGUGUUUCAUCACCAGAUGAAACACUGAGAAGAGAGUUGAAAAUACGACACACAGUGGAGUAUUUUUGACGAACUUCAAGGUGUCUCAUCUGGUGAUGAAACACUUUGUUGAAUGCUUGAUAUUGCUUCUCAAACACAGUUAUUUUAGAACAAGAAAUUAAGGAUGCAAACAUCAGCAGUUAUUUAUCUGAUUUCCAAACACUCAUUAAACUUUAAUUUCCUUUGUGUUUUUGUAUGAAUUAUUAUUAAUGAGUUUGAGAAGUGCAAUUAAAGCUUUUUCUUUUAUUCUGUUGUUAAAAAUAAGACAUUCAACCAGGCCGAAAGGCACCAGUGGUCCUGCAUGGAAAAUGAAUGGGAAAAGGAGAAAGAGAAAAUCCUGAAUUCACUUCUGGGAGCAGGGCAGGAAUCAUUAGACUUUGCUGUGGAGACAGAGGUACGUGAACAUGUAUGUUAUUAGUGUAUGUUACAAUUUUGUUGUGGAAUGUUGCACUGUAAGUUGUGGUGCUUUUGAAGAUAAUGAAAAGGUAAGUCAUAGUUGAAAUUUAAAGGACUUAAUCUAGUUAUGUACACACCGUACAUUUGUUCCACCAAUUGUCUGAAAUUUAUUUGGCAUACUUAAUAUUCAAAAUAAUUGUACAUGCACACUGUAUAUCCAUAAAAACUGAUGCCAUAAAUUUCAGUAAAAGUUAUCAUUGAAAUAUUUCACUCAAUACAAUUUUCUGUGAAAAGUAUGAGUGCCCAACUUGGUUUCUCAUGCACUGCAGGGACGGGGGCCUGGGGUCUUUAGCGUGGAGGGAGAGAAACUUGCCUCCUCCCAAACUGCCCCUACCCUCCUGCAUGUAUGAAGUACAUUUGAUACUCAUCUGCUUAAAUACUCAUUUCGUAGAGAAUACGCAACAUGUAUUUACCACCACUAAAAUUGGAUUAUUUUCUAUUAUUGCCCCAAAAAUAGCUGUAGUUCUUGUCAUAGUUUUGUAGCCAUGAUGCAUGUUAAAACCAAAAUAGUUAUGACAAAAAGUUUGUCAUAGUUCAGUACCCCUGUAAUAACAACAGAGCCACCCACAGCUGUAGUUUAUGUUUUUGGCGACAAAAUGGCAAAAUAUGGCAAAAAGAAACAGCAGUGAUUGUAUUGACAAGAAUCCCUCUUGAAAUCAUUCAAUCAGUACACAUUGGAUUCUUCUUUUCAAUGUUUUGGUUUUAUUCUGUAGGUGUUUACCACAAGUUCAUUAAACUUGCAAGGGAGGAGUGCCCUUGAUGCGACUGAACUAGCCUAUGCCAGACAGGUAAUAUUGAUGUAGGGCCUAUUGUGGGCAAAUAUAUUAAUAAAGAGCUGGUUUAUUAGGUUUGUAGAAAUGUAAGACCAAAAGAUAGGGCUGGGAACUUUUUUUUGUGCCAAAUGUUUUCAGUUAAUUUCUCUUUGAGCUCAAAAUCCCUUAUGCUCAAGAAGUUCACGAAAAAAGAGUUACUUAAUCCUGUCAUAGUGAUAUAAUAAAUGACGAUUUAAUUUACAGGAUAGGAAGAAAAAACUUUUUACACACAAACUUUUGAUACCAUCACAGAACCUUUAUCAGGUGAUGCAUUUGGGCAACAUUGAACAGAUACGCUGGUUACAAGCUCCCCGCAAUCUAUCGAGACGUUUUGUCAUGUGAUUUACAGUAUAGAUCACGUAACAAAAUGCCCAAAUCCAUCAAUCAAAGAUUCAAUCAUAAGGAUUCCACGAUGGAAUCGAAAGCUUGUGUGUAAAAAGUUUUUUUUUUUCCUGUCCUGUAAAUUGAAUCAUCAUUAAUAAUAAAUUUUCACAUAUAAUAAAUUUUAUUAUAUGAAAAAAAUUAAAUGCAAGAUCAUUUGGGACAAGAUUUGGAGCAGCUCCCCUAAUCACCUUGUUAGAUGAAUGUGCUUGCUGGAGUAACUAACUCAAGGGAUUUAGAGUAAAACAAUGAACUGUUUUAAAGCAAUCUUUAUUAUGUUAAACAGGGAGAACAAAUAAUACUGCAUUACAUCAAAAGGUCAUUGGAUUUCUCUGUCUUCUUGACAUUAUUACUGGGGAAGUAUAAACCUAAGAACUCAAGAUAGCCAGCAGAUAAGAAUAGUAUUUCAUGAUUUGAGCUAUCAAAACAAGAGGUGUAAUCCCACCCUCUCAAGACAAAAGACUGUAGGCCUUGGACAGUGUGUAGACUGCAAAUUUGCAAACACUUUUAUGUUACAACCUGGCAUAUUGAAUCUGCUAGCCCUAUUAAUUUAAUGUUGUUUAUUUAUUUAUUUUGUUGUAGAUUUAUGUUCACAAUGAAGCUCUCAUUCAAUCAGCAAGGCACAAUGUGGUUGAUGGAUUUAUUGAAAUAGUAGACAGAUUUGAUGAUCCAGUAAGUAAACUCUAGGGAGACUACUGACUUUGACUGAAUCCAUAUUUUGCAUACUGGUAUUUUUCUAAGUGAAAUUUGUUGCGCAAAUUAACCAUGACUAUUAUGCACAUGCAAUGUACACAGUGGCAGAUCCUAGGGAGGGGCCCGCCUUCCCCCCUUAUUUUUAGACCAAACUGAGGCCCAAAAAGGCCGAAAAAAAUUUUUUGAAACUAGCCCCCCCCCCAUUGCUUUAUCUGAGGGUCUCGAUGAGCACAGCCCUCCCCCCAUCCCCCCAUCCUUUUCUGAAGGUCUUGAUCCACCACUGGUACAUGUACCUGAAGUAUUACUACAGUCAAUCACGUCAAGUAGAUUAGGUCCAGACUAAAAUGUACUACAGUGUAAAAGUUACUGUUAUAAAACUCUAUUAAGCCACAGGAGUCAGGAAGGGGGGUUUGGUGACAAUGUAAUAAUGUUUCAGGCUUAAUAGAGAAAGGGGUCACUCUUUUCUCCAUUCAGCAGAUUGACUUCACAUCCAGUGCCUUUGAACACAAAAAAUAAUGUUGUUGAAUUUUUCCACCAACAACAUUAAUAUUGCAGCAAUGCAGACUGCUCACCUUUUGUGGCCAGUGGUUUUGAGAUUCAUAGAAUAUGUGACCUGUUGCUCUAAUGUAUUUUCUACAUGUUUGAGGGUUUAUUUCACUGGAGGGGGUUUUAGAGUGACAGAGGUCUUACAUGUAUCACAAAAACCAACUCCCAAUCAAUGGUUUUGAGUUGAUAGACAGGGGGGAUAUUAAAAGAGCUUAAAUUAAGUUAUUAUAUGUACAGUAUGCUCUGUACCAAAAUGGGUCAUUUAAUGCGCAGUGAUAUUUGUUGAUUGUACUACAACAAUUAUUGUAGUCUACUAGUUUUGUUUAUCAUUGGCAUAUUAUCAUUCUUAUUGAUGAUUUAUUAAAAUAGCCAAUACUAAUCAUGCACAUUGCCACACAUUUUGCUCAUUAAUUUUGUUUUAAUAUAAUUUUGAACCAUUUAGAUUAUCAAAGAUAUGUGGAUUUUCAUUAAAGAACUUGGUGGAGAGCUUCAAAAGUCUCAAGUGUCCUCUCUGACCAUGGCUGAGAAAAUCAGGUGAAAAUCUUACUGUCACACAAUAAAUAUUGUUGUUACAAACAGUUCAAAAACAAUAAUGCCGCAUCAGUAUCAUAAGACUAUGUACAUGUAGUCACCUCCAAUAGACCUUUUUACUAAUACGGCAGCCAUAUUGAAUUAAUUAGAUGUAAGGAGUAUUAUGGGAUGCUCAGGGGCAUGAGCACGAACCGGUUAACUCUUUCAGUAUUUACGCACUCUUUCCGGGCUAAUUUUUCUUGAAGUUUUCCUAGAAAGUAAUUGUAAUGGGAAAAAAAGAUCGUUGUGCUGUGUUUGGAUGUAAUAUUGAUUGCCUUUUUCCUUGGAAAUAUACAGCGAAGUUCUCUUUUUGGGUGAACUUUAGGCAUGCGUAAAUACUGAGCGAGUGCCCCCUGGGCAUCCCAUAAUACUCCUUAAAUCUAAUAAAUUCAAUAUGGCUGCCGUAUGUUAUAGGUAAAAAGGUCUAUUCUUUGGAUAUCUCUCUAUUAUAAUCAGAUCGUUUGGAACCAAAGAUACAUGUACCAACCUACGUACAAUCAUACCUCUGUAUGAAGAUGUUGUAGAGAAAAGUGUUUGCAGGUUAAACCAGUAUGUCCCUUGUCUCCUAUGAAUAACUACAUGUUUACCUCUUUCUCAUUUCUGAUCCUUGGAUUUGAAUAAAUUUAUUUCAGAUUUUCACUUGAUUUUCAAGUGGCAUUUAUCAGACUAGCCAGAAGUUUCCUGGAAAGAAGGUAAAAAUAGUACAUUUAUUUAAUUUGAAAAUACAGGUGUAGCAGUCAUUUAUGUUGAAAAUCUUAUUUUGAUUUUGAUGCAUGGUUUAACUGACUGAAGUUAUUCAUGAAUUUAAUGUUACCAAUUUAUCGAGGGAAUCAGUGAAUACAAUACAAGUGUGGUUUUCCAUUGGCUAUUGAGGAUGCUGCAAAGGAAGAAGGAGGAUCAGGAAAUUAUUUUCUCACACACAGAUGGGAGUAUGGGUUCAACUGUCUGGAGGGGUGGGGUCUUCAGGUCUAUAACGUGGAUCUGGAUGUCAGAGUUCAGUUGUUUUUGUCGCGUGUGCACUGUUACCUUUAAUUAUUUUGCCUGAUCAAUAACUUGUUUGAACAAUCAAAAGUUUGGCUUUGUUUAAAAAUAUUAAACUUUGAGUCAUGAAGUUUGAGUCAUGGUUUAGCGUUACUCACUUUUGUUUUAACACACAUCGACAUCUCAUCAUCAAGUUUUGCUUUUUUCUCAGAUAUUUGAAGUUUGUCCAGGAUACUGUGUAUGACAAUCUACAACAAGCUAUGUUAGGAGGUGUUCCAGGAACAUUCCAUUUAGUCAAGAGUUUUCUUAAGAUUAAACUUCCACCAGUACUACAAGGAUUGGAGGUGUGUUUGUAUAAUUAUGUAUGAAUGACUUUUGCCACUACUCCCAAUCUACAACAAGCUAUGUUAGGAGGUGUUCCAGGAACAUUCCAUUUAGUCAAGAGUUUUCUUAAGAUUAAACUUCCACCAGUACUACAAGGAUUGGAGGUGUGUUUGUAUAAUUAUGCACGAAUGAGCUUCAUGCCACUACUCCCCCACGUCUGCCUCAUAUCACUCCUCUCCACUCCUUAUCUCAUCUCCUAUCACAGAUGUUCGUAAUUUAGAGACACGUAAAAGCUAUUACACAUUUUGGCCUCAAAUAUGCCAUCCUUAUGGCAUUAUAAAAGCAAAAUUUAAUUUUUUAUCUUAAGAGGACAUAUAAUAUUGCUCUGAAAUAAGUGUUUCUAUUAUGGUAGCUCUGUUUGUUUUACAUUAUUUGAUCUUUGUGACCAUGUGCCUCUUUUUGCGAUUCAUAAGCACUAGGGUGUAAUGCUAACAAUACCACAUCAACCAAUCAGAGCUUCUGGCCAGAUUCUGGAUAGUUCUCAUGUGAAACAGCUAAUAUGCGUCAAGUUUUUUAAUUGUGUUUACAGUAGAAUAAUAAAAUAAUAUUGAUGAACAAAAUUCUUGUUUUUUGUGUGUGCAUUUCAAACAGGAUGGUGAAAUUGAUGGAACUCCUUUGUGGCCUUUAAUUUAUUAUUGUCUGCGAUGUGGGGAUGCAAGGGCUGCUUUACAGGCAGUGAAGCAUGUACCGUUAGUAAAUAUUUUGAAUGAUUUUGUACUUAAUGGAACUGUUCAGAUCAUGGUCAUGGAUGAGACUAUGGGGAAUUUUCCUGAAGUGUAGUUUGUGAAGUAUACCUUGCUGCUCAUAUAUUACACUCUGUCUCUCACUCUGUCAUGACAAUAAAUUUGACAAUAAGCUUUAGAUCAUAAUUACCCUGUUUUGUCGUGCAGUAUAAUUCUUUAAUUUUAUGAUUUAAUUAAGGUUUACAACGUUUCAAUUAACAAAAUUUGUAUUUGUUGCGAAAAAAAGGUAGGACAAAACUGUGUUUGAGAUGAUCUUAUUAUCAUGUUUGUACCGAAAAUAAUAAGAAAGUCAUCUGAACAAUUUACAAAAGUCGAACCCUGGUUUACAGUAGUCAAAUAAAAUAGUUAAACCUCCCAUAAGCAACCACCCAAAAUGUGAAGACUUUGUGGUCACUUACGGGAUCGGACCGGGUGGUUUUUACCAGAAUAAAACCUCAGGGGUCUCUUAUAAGAAGAGAUCUGCAUACAUCUACUUUAUGGAAAAAGGUUCAUCUUAUACUCAUAUAGCAUAUUACGUACAACGAAUGUAGAGAUCAGAUCAUGCAUCAAGAGGUUAAAAGCUAAGGAAAAUAUUAAACCGUCAGCCCUGAAACGUGGUCACAAACGCUGACAGGGGGUGGUGAUUUACAAGAGGUUUUAACUGUAAGGUUCGACCAGGAAAACUUUGGAGUUUUGGAUUGGUGGUCGCUUAUGGGAAGUGGUUGCACUUUGAGGUUCGAUUGUAAUAUUAGCAAAUUAAUGAGAAACCUGUUUACUUGUCUUUAACAGUUUUUGUUCCCCUUAUAUUGCAGGCAGCAUUUAGGAGAAUUUAGAGACCUAUUUGCUGAGUACAUGAAGAGCAAAGAAGGAAGGUAAUAUAAAUAAUAAUUAUUGCCUUUUCAUUGCUAAACAGUGGUAAUUGUACAUGUAGUUGUACUACUCAAUUCAGAACAGUUAUGAUUUAUUUAUUUUAUUUCAUUCUUUUAUGUAUUCUUAAUUUUUUGUAGUGGUGUAAUGUUUGUCUUUCUGUAUGAUACAUGUGAGUCUUGGUAGUCACCACAUUACAGCCUGGUCCUGAAUACUGGAUUCAAACCUUAAGCUCUCCUGCUUUAUUACAAUGUAAGGCAAACUGACUUAGUUCAAAGAAUGUCUCAAAGCAGUGUCCUCUUUAAAUUUUAGCUCACCAAGUAAGGGACCAUUCCUGACCGGAAAAUCAAAGUAUAGUUUUAAAGAAAUGGAACUUACCCUGUGAAUAAAGAGUUCCAUUCAUGUUUACGGUAGUAUUCCUUCAAACAUGUGUCACCAUAAAAUAUUAAUCUUGAUUUGUAAGAUCCUUCAGAAUUGUUAGCCAGAUUUGGUUAAUGGAAUGGUCGAUUAAAUGUAAAGUUGUUGUUACCUAUCUUGAAGUAGGCCCUUCUUGUUUAUGUUCAAGAACAAAGCUCACUUUUUUCAAACUUUACUGCAACACUGCUGAGCAUACAUGUAAUUUGUUAUUGUCAGUAUGUUCUUAUUGUUUUCCCAUGUAAUAUGCAGUAUUCAGAUUAGCUGCUGGGCUGUAUGUACAAAUCGAUCCACAGGGAGUCAUUCAAGACCUGCAUUGAGCAUCCCUCUUUUCCAAGUCUACUUUUCUAUUUAGCCACUUACUUGAAAAUAAUAAAAAAAAGAAAAUUGUUGUUUACUGUUCCUCUUAGACUAAGUCCAAGCUCUGAAAGCAAACUAAGGCUUCAAUAUCGACGCUCUAUCCGUACAAGUCAGGAUCCCUUCAAAAGGUAACAAAAGAAAUAACUGCUGCAGUCACAGCGUAUAUAUAAGUUUAUUGGGAAACAAGAAUUGCUUGCAAAAGAAAUGUUCAACUUUCACAGAAUUUGUUUACUAAUAGAGCUGCUGUUUUAUUGUCUUCAUUAUAUUGUGGUAUGACUGAAGUACGUGUAACAUCACCUGUAAUAAGUUGAAGGUACUAUGUUAUUAUUUUUUGACCAGUUAAAGUUCAAACCACUGAGGUAAUUAACUUUUCCUUUGCUGACCAGGGCUGUUUAUUGUUUGAUUGGUCAUUGUGAUGUGCUGUCAGAUUCCCACCAAGAAGUUGCCAAUAAAACUGAAGAUUAUCUUUGGCUUAAGGUACAUACAUGUAUGCAUCUACUUACCUGGUUAAGUUUCUUAAAUUUAUGUCAUGAAAGGUAUUUUAAAAUCAUCAUAGAUCAUGUGUAUAAAGCGUUUAGUUUAUUGUUUGUCUAGGUACUUUUUAAUUUGCUCUGGUUAAUUUUCCCCUUUCCUCAAAACUAACAUAAAAAUUAUUUUUUAAACUGCUAAUUUAAUCAAGAAUGUGGUAGAUGAAGGGUCACAUGGAUGUGUCGCCACUAAUCUUAUCUUUGAUUAUUUCAUUGUCAUUAAUUUUAUCUUUCUUUCUUUAGCUCAAUCAGAUCACAGUUGAUGAAGAAGAAGGGGUUCAUGACAGCCUGACAUUCCAGAGGCUACAAACCAUGCUGUUGGAACAAUUUGGUGAGAAAUUUAAUGACGAAAAAUAUAUUUAAGGGUUUUCACCAACAGUAGGCAAAUGAAGAAGGUCAUCAUCAGGCAUAUCCCUAAGAGUCAGCUGCCAGCUAAUUUCACCAACUGAAAAAGACCUUACCACCAGCUCAAAUUGUUCUAGAAAACAAAGAUAUGAAGUAAUAUUAUUUUAAAGAUGCAGUUGAGCGAAAAAGCCAGCUUGACUAAUAACAAAGCCUGCUUAGCUUUUUCUUAGCUACCCGGUACAUCCCUGAAUCUUGUUUGAGCUUGUUUUCAAACUAGGAAUUAUUGUGAAUGAAAAAUACAAUUCAUAUCAUACUCAGCCUUAUUGAAUUAUUGCUAUAAUCCAAACUGAAAUAGGUUCAUAAUAUGUACCUACCUAAUUAUGUGUACCUACUUACUCUCAGUGGUGAAUCAACAAUGGCAGGUCAGCAAGGCUUUCAUAGGAGAAGGAACUUUAAAUAAACAUUAUUCAUCCCCUGCCAUUUCCUAAUAGUUAAUAGUUGUUUCUUCAUUAGUUGUAGGCUCUCCUUAAAGCUUGCCUCAUGAUAAAAACAAACCAGAAAAAAUAACAACAAUAACAUAGAUAAAUGAAUAAAAGAUAAAAACAAACAAACACUUUUCAUAACCAGGGUUUCUGUGGACAAUUAAAAAUUGUACAGUACUUAGAAUGCUGCCUUGCAACCACCCUGUUUAUACGACCACCUGGUUUAUAUUACGACCAUAUUCUUUGGACCCCAACGUAAAAGUCACUGAGUCAUUUUAUUAUUUUGAAGACCAUGUCAAUGCCACCACCUUGUAAUUAUGACCAGGAUUUUAUGGCCCAGUGGUGGUCACAUCAACAGGGAUCCAUUGUAACCACUUUAUAAAAAUGUUUAAAGGUUUGUUUGUUUGUUUAUUGUUUCCUUCACUAGGUGAAGCUCAUUUCAGUGCAUAUCAAAAGCCUCUUUUAUACUUUGAAGUGUUGUUUCUAACUGGCCAGUUUGAAGCUGUGAGUUUACAUUGUAGUGGAAACCCCAUCUUAACAAUCGUGCACUGGAGGUUUUAUAGUUUUGCAGGCUCCAAAACAAAAGUCAAUCAGUUCAUUGACUUGGUUGUGGUCAUUUUUGUCUUCAGAAUUCAACUGAUAGUUAAAAAAAUAAUAACAAUCAAAAAAAUUCCAUUAUCUUUUUGUAUACCUGAAAAUAAAUUAGUACCAUGUCCUUAUACUACUGCAUGAAAAAUUACUGCAAUUUGAUUGGCUAUUUCAGCUUAAUUUGAAAUACCUACAUGUGAAAAUUACAAACCUUUUGCUGGUAAGUAGCAUAAACAAAUAAUAGCAUGAUUUGUAAGUGAUAUUUUGCAUAAAUACCCCUGUGAUAUUUCAAAAUUGUCUCAAAUUUCACUUGCCUAAUGGCUCAUGAAAUUGCAUAUAACAAUUUCGAAAUAUGACUUGUGGUAUUUAUGUCAAAUAUCACUACAAAUCCUGCUAUAACCUAUACAAAUACUGCCAAAGAUAUUUAAGAGUGUGUCCAUGAGAAGACCAGGCAGAACCAGGCAGGGGCUGAUAAUGCUCAAAUCACCGAUUUCGCUCAAACUCGGCACAAAUGUUAGGUAUCAGGAGUUAACUUAUGUGAAAGAAUGUCAGGUCCAAAUAUUAAAUUCCCUGGGAGAUUCGGGCUCCCCCUGUAAAAAUCGCCAUUUUGCCCGUUUUAUGCAUAAUUAAUUAGCUAACUUUACAAUGCCAGUGCAACAAACAGAAAAGCCACCCUGAACUUAAAUGCACUGAGAGAUGAUCUGAGUUCAUAAGACUUUAAGCACGUUAAACUGUUUAAAGUCGCCGAUUCGAUUUCCUCCCUCUUAGCCCCCUUAGGUUGGGUCAUCAUUUCCAAGUUUUGAGUAAGUCGUAAAAUUAGGGUAUUUUAUUCCCAAAUAUCUCUGAUGAGCAACAGCUUAUCUUUAUAACUUUUGCAUGAGUAGUUAAAGCCAUCACUUAAGUUGAGAAAAAGAUCAUAAAAAGUUUGGGCAAUUCACUUUCUUCCAUGUGUUGACAUAAACUGUUCAUGUGACUGAACGACUUUUGCAUAUUUCAUCAAAAUUCAGGCCCUCACAAUAUUCGUGUGUUUGCCUUUGAAUGAGGAGAAAUCAAACAAAAAAACUCAUCAGACAAUGAUUUAACAUUAAUAAGGGUAAAAUCGUUGAAAUUGUUGUGCAAGAAACCCUAACGAUGAUUUUUGAUAGCUAUAUAAGCGAUCUUUUCAACUAAAAAACAACAUACAAAGAUUUAAUUCACAGUUUUACUUACGUUAACAAUUUCGCCCUAAAAACAAUAUAAACGGUCAAUAAAAUCCAUAUACGUAUCUCUUAGAUGUUUCAACUGCUAGUUUGUGCACGCUUUGAUUUGUUACCCAUGCCACCUUCGAUGUCCAGUUAAGCGUAGUUCAGCGCCGUGACUCGCUGUACGACUAAAAUUCCUUAGCCAUCAGUUUACGCACCAAAAUCCAAAUCAAGUUGUUUUAGGAGAAAACAAUACGAAAAGUAGAAAGCCGAUUUUUAACCCAUUGAAAGAAUUAUUUCUGCCACUGUUGUAGCUCAAUUCACAUGUUACAAACGUCCGCCAUCUUUGACAUUAACUGGAGCCCGCAUUUUUAAGCAGCGGUUGCCACCAUACGGAAACAUCGUAUCGGGAGUCAGGAGCCAGGAGCCAGGAUCCAGGAGCGAGAGUCCAGUGAACAAAAUUCAGUCGAAAAUAUGACUUUCCGACAUUCUUUGAGAUUAUUUUAUUGUUAUUGUGUGCUAAUAAAUAAUUUAGAAUUCCAAAUCUAUUGGCAACUUUAUUCAGACCAUGAUAAUAAAUGAUCCCAUGUCUUCUCAAACUCGAAGAUAGAAGUCGCUUUGUCUUCGUGUUUUGGAAAGAACUAUUUAUUGUAUUUUAGUCGCACGUGAAAUAGCAGCGAAGUGAAGUCGGAUCUUCGUGCAGACCAGUUCAAAGAGACAAAUAAAGCGUGAGACACGUCCAAUUUGGCUUGCGACAAGAAUACCAUUUUUUUUUUCAUACUGGAGUCCCUUCUCCCCAGGGGAGUGGCCAAAUUGCGUACAAAUGCCCUACCCUGCUGGCACCAGAUUUGACUGUCAUAAACACUGAAUUUUUUAUCUAGCACUGUCGUUUGCGGGUCUUAUAAAGCCUAACUGUGGCAGUAAUGUUCCCAAGUAGAACUCAAAAUACACCACACUUUCACAUUGAGUUAGAUAUUUUUCUCAAACAACCGCUUCCAUAUGUUUAACACCCUUCCCAAAUUGUAAUACAGUGGAAGCUCUCGUAAGAGGACACCCUCGGGAAGAGAAAAAGGCGUCCUUAACUGGAGCUGGCCGCUUACAACAAUGAAUCUCAUACGGUAACUCUGAAACAGAUAUAUAAGAAUGAUUCAUAACAGUGACAAACAGCAAUGACUGUGGACAUGAUAUGAAAAAAAAAAAACAACAACAACAACAUUAAGAGGUGGAUAAGAUUUUCUUUCGAGUGUCUGCUUACGAGAGCUUUAAAUCAAAGCUAACAUCUAAUUCACCGGUAAACCCUUUAAGUGUCCGCGGCCGCCUACGGGAAUGUAAAAAUCCAGAGUUUGUGUGGAAGUUGAAACGGGAUUUUGUGAUGGCGGUCGUAAGUAGAGCUAUUCGCUAUAUACGAGAGUGUCCGUUAAGAGAACUUAAUCCACUGUAUGAAUCCGCAAAUGACAGCUUAAAUGAGAAGUUAAUAUAGUGUAUUAGUCUGUGUUCAAGAAACUGUUCUUUUACACCUUCCUUGGAUAGCUAAAGAAGUCUUGUCGACUUUUUUGCAGUGUAUUAGUGCCUCCUUUUUGGGUCUUUUGUAUUCCUCAGAAGUUUUUCCUCAACACUUUUAUAAACGGUUAUUAUUAUAUUUUUGUAGUCAAUAAUAUACCCAGAUACAGAUACCAACCUGUAUAGUUGUAAGACUACGAGGAUUAAAAUACAAGUAAGUAAGUCAGUAUACCCAAUGGCAAGUCAUUAAUUGUCUAAAAAUUGCACGGCACGGUCUGACUACGAAAAGGGCUAUUAUGGACGAUUAUUAUCAUGGUAAUUAAUGUCAACACCGAAUAAACUCAAAAUUUCAAGUAACACGACUUUCGCAACCUAUUUUCAACACACCAGUUAUAACAGGAUAUUGGCGCGUACAAACAAUAGGUAGCGUAUUCCGCAUUCCGGAGUCCGGUAGUCCGGCGUCACAGAUUCCAUCGUUUUGGCAGAGUCCAAAGUCAAAGAUGGAGGGUGUUCGAGCAGGUGGUUGUUUUCCGUAGAUAUAGACGGAUUGUCAGUGAUCUUUCUUGUCCUUUGAGAAUGAUUUUGUUCAUUCUGACUACAACUUAUUUCAAAGACUUCGAAUGUUCGGUGAAAAGCCGACACUUUUAAUUUUGCAAUGUUUCAAGAUGUUUCGAUUUCAUUACCUCGUCACGAAGUAACGCCACAGAGGACCAGACGAAACUGGAGCAGCAAAUCUGAACUAAAGCAUCUGAGAGACGUGUAUGUAACAUUUAUUCACUAUCUUUUAUCCUUGUUGGGUCUUGUUUCACCUACAAGUUGGACCGAUCGAGGUUUUGAACUAAAUCUUUUGCUCUUUGUGUUUACUCAAGCGUUCCAUAAAAUAUCCAUCCAAACGUCCAUAAAUAACACAGAAAACAUGCCUCAGGUGACACUUUCUAACAAUUCCGCUAUUAGUAUCGACAAUGAGGCAUCUGAUUUGUGACUUCUCGCCAACUUUGUGCUAUUUUUGUUUAGAAAAACGAAUGUUACGUUUCCUCGUAUUUUGGUCAAAUGACAAAAAAGAGUCAAGUCAGAUGUACAUAAUACGUCAUUAUUGAUAAAGUAUGAGAUUGCCCAAAUAUUUUAUGAUUGAUUUGAUAACCUUAAAGAUGUCUUUCAAAGAAUAUGUGAGAAUUAAGUACAUAGGUUGUUGCUCAUGGGAGAUGUUAGCCACUAAAAUACCUUAAAUUUAGGGUUUGGUCAAAACAGUUAGAAGAUGUCUUUACUUUAGGCUAAAUAAUAGGAAGAUAUGGAAUUAGAGAGUAAAAAUAAAUUACUGAGCAUUAAGUCUGAUAAACAUAGAAGAUGAUAAAGUUGAUUAGAUUUGAAGUUGUCUUUUCUUCUUGUUGAACAGCCAAACCAAAGUUAGCUAAUUAAUUAUGCAAAAAUGAGUAGAUUUUGUCGUUUUUAGGGGGGGUCCCUGUAAAUCCCAGGGAAUUCAAUAUUGCGACCUUAUUUUUUGUCGAGGUUAAUAUCUCACCACACCCAUCAAUUGUGCCAAGUUUGAGCGAAUUCCGUGAUUUGAGCAUUAUCACUGCCUGCCUGGUUCUCUCAUGGACACACUCUUAAUUUCAAUAGUGAACCUCCUGGAUUUUGUCUUCAGAAUCGAAACUUGGGGUGUAAAGUACUUACAUUUAACAUACUGAAGUCUUAACAGUAACAUUAAUCUUCCAAUUCAAUUCUUCAGGGCCCUGUUCCUGAAAGGCCGAUUAGUGCUAAUCCAGGAUUAAAAUUUUGUUUGACUUUUUGUAUUUACCUUCCUAUGCGUUGCUUAGAGUUAAACAUUUUGUGUUAUCAUUUCUGCAUCUCUGGGCAAAGGCUCAAUGGUAUUUUGUAGGCUGGAGUUACAUGUUCUCAGACGAGAAAACUGUGCUUAAAAUUUGGCUUAAUGUUGGAUUAAACUUAACCAUCUUUCGAGGAACUGGGCCCAGAUCCACUAAAUACUGUUUUUAUUUGGAAGAAAAAUUUCUAGUGAAGUUUUUUUAAACCCUCAUCUCAUUUACUUAGAAGAGUUUUGGCUGCACCUUGUGGUUUUCAACUGUUAGAUUAUUAUUAGUGCUGUUUGUUUUUAUAUUUUGAUUGUCAUAUGCAUGCUUUUGCAAUACUGUAAAAUGAUGCAGUCAUGCAAAUAAAGCAAUUUAUUACUAUUACUGUUAUUACUUAAAAUUGUGAUUAAUCAGUUCUCCUUCCUUAAGUUGUUACUCAGGGAUCCAUGUAGUUUGAUUUAAAUGUUGCGAUAAAAAGAACGUAAAUGUAAGCAUCAUCAUGCAGUUGAGAUGUACAUGUUGAUUUAAGGUAACAUAACACUUGGUUUAACCUGACCUUGACUUAUCCUACUACAUCAUCAUUUCUCUUUGCAGGCAAUAGAGUUCUUGUCGCGUGUUGAGGCAUUCAGGAGUCAUGCCGUUCAUUUUGCUAUUGCUCUCUUUAAAAUGCAGCUUCUCCUCUUGCCGGAGUCAACUCAGGCUCAACUCUGUGAGUAGCAUUUUACAAACUGUACUCAAAGUUUUGAUUGUUUUGAUUAAUAUUGUGAUGACUACAAUAGAAAUUAAUAACAACUGAAGCAAAACCACCAGCUUGGCAACCUGUAUAAUAAUUAUUAUGGCCAUCCAUUGAUUAGUAACAGCAUAAUAACCUGCCAAAGCUCUAACUGUUUUGUAAAAUGAAGAUUCUUCCUUACAUGCAGACAGCUAUUCUAAACUCAACGUGGGCAGCGUGCAAAGAAAGUCGUGUCCCAUAGCCCAGGGCUAGUGGAUUUUGCCAUCGGGCUAGUGAUUUUUGUUCUUAACUUGCCUGACGGGCAAGUGCUGUUUUGGGGGAAACUUUAAAUUACAGAAGGAUUGUAAUAAAUCCUGCUAAUCAAAAAGGGUUUUAGGGCUAGUUGAAAUGACUUGUGGGCUAGUUUAUGCUAGCUACAGCUUGCGUGAAUGGCAGGCUGUAAAACUGACUUUCUUUGCACCCUGGUGGGAUAUGCAUUUAGUGUGCUUUUAACUCUUUAAAAAACCGUGUUUAAAAAGUUAUUUUCCUCUCCACCCCGUCUAGAAAUAUACUAUUUAAUACUGUAAGCCUCAACAUUUCUGCUUUGUGAUGCUUAACGGUAUAUUUCUUUGUUCACAGUGACAACAGCAUCAGGGUAUCCAACUCCCAGCAGACUGUUAAAUUUUGCACGUCUCAUUAUGUCCUACACUCGGAAAUUUGAAGUGACAGAUCCUCGUGAGGCUCUCCAGUAUUUUUAUUUGUUGAGGUAAAAAAAACAAAACAAACAUUCCUCUUACAGUCAACGUUCAUCUCAUGGAAAGAUUACUAUAAUAGACUCUCCAAUAAUACACACUUUAGCUAAGCAAAUCCAAAGAUGUUCUUCAUCAUUAGUCUCGGGAGCACCUCUCUAAACACCCACCCCACCCCAUCCCAUCCCCCUUAUCAUGUAUAACACCUGGCUUAUCUGAGUGGCUUCAAGACGUCUUUGCUAACUUCAAGUUACUUAAAUUAAUCUAAGAGUUUUUCUACAGAUCAUUCUUUGAUGAUAUGUCAUAACGUCUGAUUGAAAUGUUAAUCAAUGUGAAUAAAACAUUUAUAAGGGGUUACCUGCUUAUUUUUAGUAACAAUCCUUAUCUCUGUGCUGUGCAAGUCUUCGUUUUGCAUAAAUGUUCAUAAAAGUAUGUUUAUUGAUGCCUUUAAAUAUUUCGUUAUUUAAGAGGAAUGAAAGGUCCGCAUGGGCAUGACCUGUUUAUGUCCUGUAUCAGUGAAUUGGUGUUAGAAACUAGAGAGGUAAGUACUGUUUUUCAAAAAAUAAACUUUUUUUUUUUCGGAUCAAAACAUAAAUGCCAAAGCUCUUUCUUAGGGUGUUGAUGUAUGUGUUGUAGUGCAAUGUAUUGUCCAUUUAUCCUUGGCUCAAUAGGCCACUUCCGAGUUCCAAAAACCCUCACUUUCAAAUUGAGGCCGAGUGCACAACCUUUUUUGUGCAAAUGAGUUUUAUCUGCAUGAGAAUGAAAAAUCAUUCCCAUAUCGAAGGCUGAGCACUUAACCUCAUUUUGAUACAGUGUCACCGGGAACCAGAAAUGGCUUAUUCGUCUUUUCCUUCCUUUGGUUUAUACUCAUUAUUGCCAUUAUUCCUGUUCCAGAGAAAAGCUCAUCAAUACACUCUAGUAAAUACUUGCAUAUGCAGUUCACAGGGCGCCUGGCCUGUGGUGCUAAGAUGUAUUAUCAUUAUAAUUCUUGCUUCCAGUUAAUCAAUCAGUCAUAGUAAGUGUGAGUUACUCUUUCUUGCCUUUCUCUCGGUAGUUCGAAAUGUUACUUGGACGCCUUGAACCAGAUGGCAAAAGGAGGGUAAAAAUAGCUUUUUAAUUCUAUUAAAGAAUAGAAGUCUUCAGCCCGCUUCUCGUUUGUAAAAAAAGAGUAUACUCGGCUAACGAAUGAUAGUAGUGUUAAAAAAUGUUUACUUUCUCUGCAAUAUAUUAGAAUAAUUGCAUAUUCAAAAAAUUAAAUACAGGAAUUCUUUAAAUUUGUAUGUUGGCUUUUUUUUUCUCUACCGAUGUUGACAGUUUUAAUAUCUGUCAGCCAUAUUUUCCAAAAGUAGCUAUGUGGAUAAUUAUGGCAGAUUUUCUCAGCGAGAAUAUACAUAUCAUCUUUGCAUUGUUUUAUUACUAUUUUUUUUUUUCGGUUUUGUAGCCUGGUUGUAUUGACAAGUUUCACAAAGAUACCCAGAGCAUAAUUGAACAUGUGGCAAAGGACUCAGCUGAAAAAGGGCUGUCUGAAGAGGCUGUUAAUCUCUUUGAUCUAGCUAAGGUACAUUACUGUACAGUCUGUAGGCUUCAACUUCUGAUUUCAUAUGCAUAGUAAAAUUACAGUGUACAUGUAAUGCAAGAACUUCUUUUAUACUGUUGGUAAGUGACCUUAACUACUCCUGCCAGUUCAAAAGGCAUUACACCUUAAUGGUCAUUGUAUUGAUAAUAUUUUUAAUAAUCAAAGUAUCAGUCGGUUGUGAAUUAAUUUGUCUUGAGAAGCUGGGGCGAGUUGCAAGACUAUUGUGUCGUUUUUCUGCUGUCAUACUACUACAUGAAAAAUUUCUGCAAUUUGAUUGGCUUAGAGCAGUGGUAUUUUAGCUUAAUUUGAAAUACCUACAUGUGAAAAUUACAAACCUUUUGUGGGUAGUAGUAUAAACAAAUAAUAGCAUGAUUUCUACGUGAUAUUUGGCAUAAAUACCACUCGUGGUAUUUCAAAAUUGUCUCAAAUUUCACUCACCAUUACGUAUAACAAUUUUGAAAUAUCACUCGUGGUAUUUAUGCUAAAUAUCACGUAGAAAUCAUGCUAUUACCUAUAUAAUACUGCAAAAAUACGCAACCGGUGGAAGCAUGAUAAAAUGAAAAAAAAAGCUAUUGAUUACAAACCCUUAUAACUUAAGGACUGAGUGCAGCUGAUACUUGUCACUAGAAGACAAAUCAAGCGUGCUGAAACUUGAACAGUUCAAGAGAUGUAUUUAUAGUGGAGUGCUUGUGGUACUUUCUAAACUAUAAUUUGGACCUUUUUUUACAGAGUCAUGAAAAGGCCUUGGAAAUAUUAAACAAGUUGUUGAGCCAGGUAAGAUUACAGCCGCACCCCUUUAACUUUAUUACAUCGCUGUUGGGGUAACUGGAAGUUAUAUGCUUUUACAUUUCAUCUUGGACAGAUUUUUGUCACAGAUUUGAGUUCUAUUGUUAUGGACUUGACUUCCAGGAAAGAAAACUCGGAUCAUUAUACGGCGUUUCUGGGAAACUGCCCGACUACCCCUCGCCUAAGCCAACAUUUUGCCUUAAGUGAGAAGUAAGUGUUAAUGUUGGUUUAGGGGACGAGUGGGUUGGCAGUUUCCCAGAAACGCAUAAUGAUCCUAAAACUCAGCCGGCCAGGGUCACCGUAGCCUGCGUCGCUGAGGUAAUUUAACCCCGGUUAGUAACGUACGUAAUCCUUGUUCAGGGUCCCCAAUGGACUCAGCAAAUUACCGGAAAUACGUUUCCAAUUUCCUUUCAGCGUGAUUGGCAAAUCGACAUUUUUGGCAUUUUUAACAGGCCAAUCACGGCGCGUACUCAAAUCCUGGUACACCGGUGAGGGCUCAGAAUAAGGAUUUUAGCGAUGUUUCGCAGACGGACUUAACCAGAGUAGGUUAAGGUUCGUCUGCGACGCUGGCUAGGGUCAUCGUCAAUAUGCAGGUACUUGACUGGUUGUAACAUGCUUCAGUUUUUUGCCCUUUUGUGUUUUAAUUCAGGUAGUUGCUUCUCCCAGUGGUUUGCAAUCUCCACGCGAUAGACUACAGACCAUGGCUUUUGAUUUGGCUCAAAGGUACAGCUCAGCUAGGUUUACAGUUCUUUUUGACAACAAAGUUAGAAUUCUACUUCUAUUAUUUUGGUGAUCAUUUAUUUUUGCCGACUCCAGUGAAUAUUCUGUAACUUAAUUAGCCUGCGUACCAAGCGUUUCCGCGCGAGUUCGUCGAGAAAGUUUUUUUGCUCCCGCUCGAUUUUUCGCGCAAUAACUCGAUUGGAAACGCUUGCUACACAGGCUAUACCUUAUUAGUAAAAUCCAACUAGUGGUCUAUUAUCAAUGCUGCGUUCUGAUUGGUUGAGCGGCGAAAAGCGCCGGCUUUGAAGACCAAAACAAUGGUCGCUGAAUGGCGUUUUGCCAGCUAAGGUUGUUUUGUCUAGAUAUUUUUUACCCACUAGUUGGAUUUUACUAAAACAAUUAUUCCUCUCGCCGUCAUGGCCUCUGAGUCAAUAGCCCAUUCGGCCUUCGGCUUCAUGGGCUCUUGACUCAGAGCCCAUUCGGGCUCGAGGAAUAAUUGUUAAAUGGUUACAUUGGGUAGGGAAAAUUGGAUGUAAACGUUUCUGGAAAACCGCCCACCUACCCCUCCCCUAAGCCAACAUUUUGAUCUAAAUGAGAAGCAAGUGUUAAUGUUGGCCUAGGGGAGGGGUAGAUGCAACAGGCGUAUUUUGCAGCGUAAUCCAUGAUUUUUUUUUUUCGGGAACACUGCUAUAGCGCCAUCUUGGAUGUUAACACUACCAGAGAGUUGGGGCGAGUCAAACUGAUUUCAAGGGACAGGUUGACAAGGUUAAAAUAGAGGAGCGGGAAGAAGCCCAACCCCCCUUCCCCCUUUUUCAAGUUGGGCGCGGCGAUCAAUGUCCCUCUGAGUCUAGAAAAAACACUGGAAUUUAGUAUCCAAAAAUCUGCACGAACACUAUUUUACUUUCAGAGUAAGAGUAGUUAUUUCCCAGUCGUAUGUCGCCUUCUCUCAUCACCAUUGUGUAGAGUGAGAAUCUAGAACAAGCUUUGUGGUGAAUGAAAUAAAGAAAGGAGGUUGACGUUGGUGAAUGAAUGUGGAAGAUGAUAAUCCGCAUGUUACGAGCGUGGGAAAAAAAUCUCGAGUCCCUGACACCGAGCGGGCGCUCUAUCCAGAUUAUCCACUGAAGUGAGGAGAGAUUCAUUGACAACAAGGCCAUAUAUAGUGGGUUCAUAUUUCACGCUUAUUGUCUUGCAUGCUACUAGCACGUUGUAUAUGGCUAUGCACUCUGUGAGCCUCUGGCUAACUGACUACCUACCCCUCUCCUAAGUCACAAUUUUGCCCCAAGUGAGAAGUAAGUGCUAAUGUUGACUCUGGGGAGGGGUAGGUAGUCAGUUGACCCGAAACCUAAAUUGAUCCAUUUCCCGGUGAUUGGGAGAUCGUAGUUCUGAUUCUGUAGGGGACUCAAGUCCCACGCUCUUAGCUUGCUGAAUGUCAUUUUUCAUACGUUCUGUACUGUUGAGCUCCCUUUUUUGACUUUAUAAACUUUCUGAAGUGUAGUCCCGCUCAACGUGAUUACCUACAAGAGUUGAUAUCUUGUAACACUGGUCACCGAUAGUGUUAACGCCCUUUACGCUACGCAACAGAGUUCUUAAUUGGCUGCCCUGGAGGUUUUCGCUUGCUUCUGUUAUCUUUAUUGGCUAGAAUAACCUUUAGCUAAAACACAAAACAGCUCUAAAAGAAAUACAGUGCGUUACAUGCAGCGAGGUAUUAACGUAAAUAUAAGAAAACAUCUUGUUUUUUCCUUCUAGGUACAGAACUCUAGGACAUACAGCGAGUCAAAGUCGUAUAAGUACAUUUUACCUGUUGCUGGAUCUUAUGCAGUUCUUUGACCUCUUUCAUGCUGGCCAACUUGACACAGCCUUCGAUGUAAGUGUGACUAAAGAACAUUUACAACAAUUUGUUGUGCAAGGAACUGUACGCCGUGAACUAAAGAAAUAUUAGGGACCUUAAGACACAUCGCUCUUCUCUUCAGGCACGGGGACCACGUAGUGAUAUAAAUAGAGGAUAUUACUCAGUGGCGCGAAGAUAUGGAUUUUAUUUUCGAGUGGCAAAUCAAUAUUUUACGAACGAGCGCAGCGAGUGAGUAAAAUAUUGCUUUUGAUUACAGUUUUCUAGGUGUCUGUUACACCAUGAACAUGCGGAAGAUAUCAAGGCACCACAGCAGUUUCUUAACAGCGCCUGAGUCACAUGUCUUCUUUUUUUUAUUUUGUUUUGUUUGUUUUUUUUUUCCGUUGGCAGGUAAUGCGGAAACUGAAACUUGUACCUUUGGGAAGUGAGUCUGUGGAGGAAAAAGUAGCCGCGUUUAGGCAGUACAACGAUGAGGUGGGCUUCGAUUUUGAAACUAAAUUAAAACCUAUCACAGACUACUAUUGUGGAUAUUUCGAUUAGACCAGCAAGACAGAAAACUCUGCUUGCACGAAGAUGUUGGUCAUUAAGUUGUAAAUAUAAAUUCAUGAUCUAUCUCAAUUUCUUUAUGUAGAUAAGACGAACUUUACCAGAUGUGCUUCUGGCAACAAUGAACAUACUCUACACAAACUAUCGCAAUACAAGGUCGGUAUAGAAGUCUCACUUGUUUGGCAAUAAUAACGAGGAGAAGUGUGACGUCACGUUACCAUGCUAGCAGUAUUUCUGGAUGACAACAAAACCAACGACGACCUCGACGGCAAGGAGAACGGCAAAAAAUAUAUGUUCAUAUUAACAAACAACAACUUUGCACGUACAUCACGCUAUUUUCUACAUUUCUUUGUCGUCGUUGUACCACUACGACUUGAAACUUCCCGUAAUUUCACGCUUUAUGGAGUAGGUGAACAAAACCAAAAAAAUUUUAGCUUUCUUUUUUAAAACUUAGAUAACGAUAGAUACGGUCCCAAAGAAAAUUUGGCCAAGAUUUGCCAAAUUAAAUGAAAUUGAAAAAGAUCGGUGAAGUUUGAAAUAGUGCGAAUAGACUUUAAGUGACUUUAUCGGUUUGUUGUCAUCCAAAAAUUUUGCUACCAUGGCAACGUGACGUAACGACUUCUCUUCUCUAUUGAUGGUUGAUAAAUUAUGAAGAUGAUUACUAAUUUAUUCCCAUCAAUUGCAUUUCUUCAGGGGCACUGGUCAGAGCCCUUUGAUUGAAAGUCAGCGAGAUGACGGAGGCCAGGAAAGGGUAAUAUGUUAUAUCAUUAUUGCAUGUCACAAAUGAAGGACAGUAGAGGGCUUUAGAUUCUGAGACGAGGAGGAGUGAUACUGAGUAUUGCUCGCCCGUGAACCAGCGUCAUUUUGGCGGGAAAAAGUGAUAGCCGUCAUCAUUCUUCUACGAGUUUUAGCGAGAAUGUUGUAGUGGCGGGAACAAGUUAUCAAAUGUAAGAAGUUUUGUCAUUUUCCUAUCGAGAGAGGGCUUAACCUCUUUCAGUAUAAAUAACCGUACUAAUUUUUUUGGUUGAAAAUAAGUAAAAUAAAGCUUUCCGAGUUGUCUCUUUUUUAGAAAACUCGCAAAAACUUUCAGUUAAAUCUCGUACUCGUUCUCGUCCUCAAAUCUAAAGCUCUCCAGUGUCUAGUACAAUCUUCCGGAAAAGUGCCACUAAAAUGCUCGAAUAAUGCUUUAUGCUUUUGCCUCACUAAAAUGGUCAAAAAAAAUCCUAGCAUAAUCUACAAUUUGAUCCGGAUGUGCCACCACUGAGUCGUUACUUAUUUAUUUAUUUAUUUAUUUAUUUAUUUAUUUAUUUAUUUAUUAACUGACUGACUUCUUUUUUUUUUUCAGUAUCGACAAACUUUAAGGCGCCAAGCCCGAGCAUUGAUCACUUUCGCGGGUCUGAUCCCCUACCGUCUUCCCGGAGAUACGAAUGCUCGUCUGGUGCAGUUGGAAGUCCUCAUGAAUUAAUGCCUGCUACGAUUUCUUAAAGUUCCCCAGAGACUAAACAUUUCACCGAAAACUUUUUU